AUGUCGUUUCCCCAGACCACUCCGGUGCGGCCGGUGCCCGGCGCCUUCUUGAACACGCCGGCCGUUGCCUCGAGAUUCCAGGCGGGCUCUGAUCCCGUGCGCCGCCAGCUGUUCGCUGGGUCGGAGGCCAACCCGCAGCCUAUGGGCGUCGGAGCGAAGACUUCGACCACCACGACUACAUCUCGAAGCGUGGCUCUCACAACCGCCUCUUCCUCCAAGACAACUACUAGCGACGGCCUCGUGGUGCCGAGCGUCCUACCUCCUCCUCGCUCUGAGAAUGUGCCUCCCGUCGUCAAGGCGGCCAAGGCCAUCAACUCUUUCCUACAGGCAGACGAGCGCUUCCCAGACCUGGAUUCAUACUGCAGACAGGGCGCAUCCUCCGAGUACGAUGUCGAAACCGCAGAUUCUCCCGUGGCCCCAUUCCACAAGACCCAAAUGUACCCGAUCCCGAACCAAGUCUUUGAUCACUACAACGCCGGUGAGCUUCAGACACUCAUGGGUCUCUUUGCUGAGAUCAAUCAUGCAUGGGUCGUCAUCGACAACUCGCUCUUCCUCUGGGAUUACACACACCCCGACCCCGAACUCAUUGGCUUCGAGGACCAGCCCCAUACCAUCCACGCCGUCGCGCUUGUGCCCCCGAAACCUGGCAUCUUUGUCAACACUAUCACGCACAUUUUGGUGGUCGCUACUUCUUCGGAAAUGAUCUUGCUCGGUGUGUCUGCCACUGAUACUCCCGCUGGGACGAAGGCGGUGUCCCUCUACCAGACGAAGAUGCUCUUGCCAUUGCGCGGCAACGAUGUUCGCGUGAUUACUGGAUCUGCCAACGGCCGAAUCUUCUUCGGUGGAAGCAGCGAUAUCGAUAUCAAUGAACUCUACUAUCAAUCUGAGGAGAAGUGGUUUUCGAACCGGUGUGGUAAGAUCAACCAUACGAAUCCCGGCUGGUCUUCAGUUGUCACCUUGCAAUCGGGCUUCUGGUCACAAAAGUCUCCCGAGCACCUGGUCGACAUCGUCAUUGAUGACUCGCGAAACCUCGUCUACACCCUGUCGAGCAGAUCGACUAUCCGCACAUAUCACAUGGAGGCGCCCGAUCGGUUGAACAAGGUCAUCGAGAAGGAAAAGGUGCAUUGUCUUAGAGACAUUGCCCACAUGAUUAGCCACUCGAAGCUCCUGAACGACCGAGCCACCAUCGUUGCUAUCAGUCCCAUUUCUAAGCAGGAAGCGUCGAAGCUUCAUCUGAUGGCUCUCACCAACACGGGCUGUCGCCUCUUCUUCAGCGCCACCAACGCUUCCUCCUACCUCUACGGCUCUCAGUCCAACAUGGCACCGCAGAGCAUGCAGGUCCAGUUCAUCAAGUUCCCCCCAAGCCAGAACCCCCGACGAUCUGGCUACGCUGGAGGUGAAACCUUGACUGACCUGGAGUCUUCAAUGCUAACCUACAGCCGACAGGGCGCCCGAUUUGCCCCUGGAUACUUUUUGGAUUUCGUCAGCAAAGAGUCAAACCCCAACGCCGAUUCUCUCUUCGUUUCUGGGCCAGAGACUGGCCGUAUUAAGGAAACAUCGCCGACUACGCCCCUGAAAUACUUUGAGAAUGCUAGCUGGAUCGAUAUCGGUAGCCGAGCCGAGGCUGUUGGUCUCAUUACGAAGCCCUUCUCUGCGGCUGGACAACCCUUUGGCUUUGGUAACGAGCUCGCUGUUCAAUUUGACGACCCUCCUAGCGAGUUUGCUGUCCUAACCAACACCGGUGUUCACAUUAUUCGACGAAGAAGGUUCGUGGAUAUCUUUGCGUCCGCCAUCCGAGGGGCCGUGGGAGAUGAGGGAUACGAACAGGUGUGCCGGCGAUUUAUUCAGCUCUAUGGUCGCGUGGAAACUGUUUCGACCGCCUUGGCGGUGGCUUGCGGCCAUGGUGGCGAUUCGAGGCCAGGCGCAGCCCGCGCCAUCGACCAGGCAACAGAGGACCGCGCGAGAUCGGUUUUUGUCGACUUCGGUGGGCAGCCUACCAUUACGGAGACUGAUGGUGCAUCUCUGACUACCGACUCGGUCAGAUUGUCCUCCCGACAUGACGCCCUGGCCGUUUACCUCGCCCGCUUGAUUCGCAAGCUCUGGAAGGCUGCCGUUAUCAAGCCCGGCGUGUCGCCCACUGGUGGUGUCAUCAUAAACUCAACCAUUCCUCUUUCAAAGCUGAGCACUGUUCAAGAGAACUUGGAGCGAUUGAGGCGAUUCCUUGAUUCCAACCGGGGGUUGAUUCAGGGCUUGUCAGGCCCAUCAGACCUGCAGCAUGUCUCAAGUCGCCAAGAAGAGGUUGCCUUGCAGGCUGAGCACCAAGCUCUUCAUGCUCUGCAGAAGCUGAUGGAGAGCAUCUCUGAGGGCAUCUCUUUCGUACUCAUGCUCUUUGAUGAGCGUGUGGCCGACAUCUUUACCCGUCUUGACGAUACCGCUCGUCAGCAGCUGAAGGAUCUCACCUACGAAAAACUUUUUUCACAGGCGGAUGGCAAGGACCUUGCUAAACUACUCGUGAAGGCGAUUGUUAACCGCAAUAUUGAGAGUGGCUCGAACGUGGAGACUGUUGCCGACGCCUUGCGACGGAGGUGUGGUAGCUUCUGCAGCCCCGACGACGUGGUCAUCUUUAAAGCGCAAGAACAACUCAAGCGCGCCUCGGACCAACCCCCCAACACCAGCCAGUCUCGAAGCCUCCUGCACGAGAGCUUGAGGCUCUUUGAAAAGGUCGCCGGCAGCCUGACGUUUGCCAACCUCCAGGGCGCUGUGACGCAGUACGUCGACCUCAAGUACUAUGCCGGGGCGAUUCAGCUCUGCCUGGUCGUUGCCCGGGAAAAAGACCGGGGUAACACAGCCUUGUCAUGGAUUAACGAUGGCAAACCGUCAGCUGAUCCCAGGGCGAACGCCUUCAACGACAGGAAGCGCUGCUACGAUAUGAUCCAUGAUGUCCUGCGCCAUCUGGAUGCUGCAUCAAGCAGUGAGCCUGAGAUGAUUGACGGCAGGUUGACGUUGAUCGCCACCAAAAGGCUUGAGGCCUACGAUGUGGUGAAUGGGUCAGAUGACGAGGUGUUCCACUUUGACCUGUACGAGUGGUACAUCCAACAGGGCUGGACGGGCAGAAUUCUAGCCAUUGAGUCUCCUCACGUUAUUACCUUCCUUCAGCGUCUUGCUGGCACCAACGUGGAACACGCUGAUCUGCUCUGUCGCUUCUACACCAACCGGAGUCGCUUCUUUGACGCUGCCGAGGUCCAGGCCCAGCUGGCCAACUCAGACUUCCCUAUUGGCAUCAAGGACCGAAUUAGACUGCUUAGUCUUGCCAAGGCGAAUGCCAAUGUUGCGACCAGUGGCGUGAGCCGACAGCAGCAGCAGCUUCUCAACCACGAGGUCACAGAGUUGCUGGAGAUUGCGCACAUUCAGGAUGACCUUUUGGAGAGGCUGAAGGCGGAUGAGCGAAUUGACUCGGAUAGGAAGGUGGAAAUCCAAGUGGCUCUCAAGGGCAAGAUCCAAGGUCUUUCAGAGCUGUUCAACGACUAUGCCGACCAAGCCGGCUACUAUGACCUGUGUCUGCUCAUCUACCAUGCUGCCGACUACCGAAACCAUAUGACAAUCUCGGGCACAUGGAGCAACCUGAUUCAGCAGACCCAUGACGAGAUCAUGUCCCGGCUGGAGAACUCGGAACCAGGAAUGCCCUCACCCCCACUCCCUUACGAGUCUGUAACAAGCAAGAUCCAGAAUAUUGCGCACCGCACAUCGCUCGACAGUUUCAUCUUCCCCAUCCAGACCCUACUCCCUGAGCUAUGUCGAUACGCUGUGGCGUAUCAGCAGGACACCACCAUCGGUGCUGAUCCUACCUGGCCAGUUCAGCUCUUCUUGACCCUGGGCGUAUCCCACGACAUGAUUGUGCGUGUGCUUGAAAAUAUAUUUGACACACAGGACUACGGCUUCAGCGGCUCUGUGCGAAACCGCAUUAUCGAGUUGAUUGUCUUCGUAGUCAACGACUGGUCCGCGGAAGUUCGCAGACGGGGUGGUGGCGGAAAGGGCGGGUCAAUUGGCCCGUCGGUUGUCGAGCUUCUCAAGCGGUGCGACGCGGCGCUGCCCCCACCCGGGCAUGGGAACAAUCUGGGCGGAGCGGACCUAGCGGAUGUUAGACGUGUGCUCAAGGCGUUGAAGCGGGAGGUGGAUGGAUUGGCGCAGCGGGUGCCAACGGGCACCCUCAGGUUCGCCUGA